UUCAGCUUGUCCAGCAGCUCCUCCAUCAGCACGAAAGCGGCGUAGGCCGCACCCGGGCCCCGCUCCACCACCGCCGCAUCAUCCUCCCGCUCCGCCAUUUUGGAGCCCCCGCCACCGCCCGUAGCCGAAGCAACCGGCUCCGCCAAUCACCGCCUGCCUCUUCCUCCCCAAGCCACCAAUGGCGGCGCAGCACUCGGAGGUCGGCGUCGAAUGUGCGCCCGGGGGUGAUGUGAGGAGCGCCUCGGCGCGCCCCCCACGGCUGGGAGGAGGCUGCAUAGAUGCCGCUCUGUCGCCGUGAAGAGCGAGAAAACGGCUGAUCUGUGCUCUCUGGUUAAGCGUUACCAGUUGAGCAAGCGGUUACAAACAGGCCGAGAGGCGGUGGCAGCAGCUGACCCGAACUGGGCAGUGGGGCAGAGUACAUCCGUACUAGUGUACGUGUGGCUAUGGGAGCGGUUGGGAGAAGGUUGUGUAACUUCUUUCAGCUGCGCUGUGUACGCGCCCUGCCUCCAAGAAACACCGGUCCGAACAGAAACAGCGAGCUGCGCUCGGGAAGCUCUGGCUGUUCGUGUACUCAGAAGAGUUUUUUUUUUCCCCCUCCUUUCUUGUUGUCAGUUUGAAAUGAAUCUACUAUGAACCAAAGAAGACAUGAAGGGACAGAAAAUACCAUCUCUUCUUCUCUAUUUACUUUCCACGUGUGCUGCAUUUAGGGGUUCUAGAGAACAGGAAACAGUAACAGGGGUGUUUUCUAAGGAUGUCAUCCUUCCUUGUCCUUUUCUACCUGGGAACGAUGAAGUAAUUUACUGGAAGAAAGAGAACAAAAAUGUGCACAGCUACUACGAGCAGGAGGACCAGCUGGAAGACCAACAUCCAGAUUACAGAAACAGAACACACCUUUUUCAUGAGAACAUUGGUCACGGAAAUGCCUCUUUGAAACUUAGUAAUGUGGCCUUGACUGAUGAGGGCCUUUAUUAUUGCUAUGUGGGAACAGAGAAAGCUAAAACAGAAGUGGAUGUCAUGCUGCGUGUGCGAGUUGUCUCUCUUUACGCAUUGGAAUACCAAAAGACAGACACAGCAAGGAUGCUGAAGUGCUAUGCCUUUCAGACUUACUCAGCACCAAAUGUAACUUGGGUACGAGGCAAUACAUACAUCCAAGAAACAGGUCGGGAGGAAACCAGGAAUGGAGCUCUCUCUUCUGUUAGAAGUGACCAGAACGUUAUAAACGCAUCUGAUACCUACUACUGUCAUAUUAAUCUCGCUCAUGAAAACUGGACUGCUGAGUGGAGUAUGCAAGACCAACUUUCAAAAGCUGAAGGAAGUAGCACUGCCAUUUCUUGUGAAUACAGCGAUAACGAUUUACAUGCUGAAGAUUUCACUGUUGUCUGGAAACUAAACAAAAAUGCAGCUAUCUCAGUCCUGGCCUCCUUCAAUGGUACAUUUCACACUUACCAGCCUAGAGUUCAAAUUAACCAAAAAAACUUUUCACUCAGCAUUAGAGAUGUUAAUGUGGAUGACAGCGGAGACUAUGUGUGUAAUAUUUCAAGGCCUCACUACACAAGACUUACUGUGACAACGUUACAAGUUGAACAUGCAGGUAACACCUCAAUAAUUGUGACAGCGGUAGUGAUUGUGAUCAUUCUCAUACUGGUGGUAGCAGGAUACUGUGUCUAUAAGAAGUGGACAGCAUCUGGGCAUGAGCCAGUAACAUGCCUUUACAGCCCACAAAGCCGACCAGAUCUGGGGCUGCAUCCAAAGAAGCGUGGCCAGCAGGUCAAGGGAGGUGAUCCUACCUCUCUACUCUGUACUGAUGAAACCUCUCUUGGAGUACUGCGUCCAGAUGUGGCGUCCUCAGUAUAGGAGAGACAUGGGCCUGUUGGAGUGUGUCCAGAGGAGGGCCAUAAAAAUGAUCCAAGGAGUGGACCACAUUUCCUAUGAGGGUCUGUUAUGAUAGGACAAGGGGAAAUGGUUUCAAAGUAAAAGAGGGGAGAUUUAGAUUGGAUAUAAGGAAGGUUUUUUUUGUUUUGUUUUGUUUUUAUGAUAAGGGUGGUGAGGCAUAGGAACAGGUUGCCCAGAGAAGGUGGUGGAUGUCCCAGCCUUGGAGACAUUGAAUGUGAGGCUGGAUGGGGCUCUGAGCAACCUGAUCCAGCUGUUAGAUGUUCCCUGCUCCCCUGUUCAUUGCAGGGGCAUUGAACUAGGUCACCUUUAAGUGUCCCAACUCAAACAUUGUAUGAUUCUAUGAUGCCUUUUAUUCUCAUGCAUCUGUAAUAGGCUGGCUCUGUUUUAUAGUAUCCUGUUUCCUUCCUUUUGUGAUCAGUAAAAAAAGAAACCAACAGCUUUAGCCCUUAUUUCCUAUGGUGAAUCUUGUCCUGUCUUGACAGUAUGGGCCUAUCUGCGGAGAGAUGCAUCUCUGAACUCUCUGGGCAUUAAGAUUUUGUCACAGCCUCACACUUGGUUUUACAACAGAAACUGUGAACUGAGAAGAACACACCAGAAAGCCAACUCUAAAAUCAUGGAAUCCUAGAAUGAGUUGGAAGAGACCUCCAAGAUCAUCCAGUUCCAACCCCCACACUAUAGGCAGGGACACCCUCCACCAGAUGAGGCCUCCCAAAGCCCCAUCCAGCUGGGUUCUGAACGCCUCAAGGGAGGAGGCAUCCACAACCUCCCUGGGCAACUUGCUCUAGUGUUUCACCACCCUCACAGCAAAGGACUUCUUCCUAACUUCCAGUCCAAGUCCACCCCCUUCCAGCCCAAAGCCAUUCCUCCUCAUCCUGUUGCUGCAUGCCCUUAUAAAAUGAUUGAAUCUCAGUCAUUUUUUUUAUUUUGCUCUCGCAUAGAGAUUCUGUUGGAUACUAGCCAGCUUUAAUAAUGCUGAUAUGCUUUAGAGAUGGUAACAUACUUCUGAGAUGAAGCUGUUUCAGUUGAAGAGCUUAAGCAGUAUCCAUUUAUCCUGGGACUUGUUGAGACCUUUAACUUAUAAUCAGAGGAAGCAGAACAAUUUAGAGGUGAACGCAGCACUGGUUACAUUGAUUGAAGACUAAAGGGAAGAAACAGGAGUGCUUCUACAUUGUUGUGUAGAUGUUUAUUAUUUUGCUCAGCUAGUCUUAAAAUGGAAAAUGCUGACUUACCUCUAUCCCAAGAAUGUCUUGUUCUGUUCCCAACAGAGGAUUAAUUUGACACAUUAGUAGUUCUCACAGCUGUUUUUGUUUUAACCAGAGACACGGAAGAGACGGAAUAAUAUGAGCACCCUGACAUACUAAAAGAAAGCCUUUCACUGCAAACAGACACUGCUGUGAUUGUUGCUGAAAAGAAGCUUGGAGAACGUAGGAGUUCCUUCCUACAGAGUUACACUAGGAGCAAAAUGGAAGGCUGAUUACCUGAGUAGCAGGAACAAGCAAGUAAACUGACAGAAAAAAACCAUAUGCAAGUCAACUGACAUUUGUAUGUGAGUAGUCUGCAUGAAAGACUGAAAUUUGGAUGUAUUAAAAGGACAAUGGAAAGGUUUCGCAGGAAAUCAAGUUUUGAGGGUUCUUGUUUUUUAAGGUGGUUUUUUUUUUUUAAGUGUAAGGGGAAGUGAAGAGUUACUGUUUUACACUACACAAUGUUUUAAUACCAACUUUAAAUUGGAAGAGAUCUAAAAGAACACUAUUUAUGAGCCAUAGGCAGUCUUUAUGCGACAAGUUCCUCCGCAGUAUUUCUGAUGCCUGUCCUGCAGGUAGAGAACAAAAAUCCUUUGGCCAAUUGUAGGAGAAGCUUCUAAACUGAUUGUUUACCUGAAGUUUAGCUUCUGCUCUCCUAAAAAAAAAUGGUACAGCCUCUGUCCAGCAGCAGGACAGCUAGAAGCCGGGCCAUGCUGGCUUCAAGGGCUGUCCCCAAGCCUGGGAAACAUGACUGGAUUUGCCCUUCGAUUUGAUUCCAUAAGAGAUCUGCCAAUUAGGAUUUGUUCCAACAUACUGACGUGGUUUAUUGGCAGUAUGUAAUCCUUUAUUGAUCCCCGGGGCUCAGCAAAAUGGAAAUAUAUAAAAAUGAAUGUAAUACGCCAUACGUUGUCUUUGGGUUUUCACUUGAUAUUUAUUUUUGUAAGUGCUUGUUUCUGUUUUGUUUUAAUACAUCUGCUUUUGAUUAUGCCUCAUUAUAUGAAACAUUUUGUCAUA